UUUUUUUUUUUUUUUUUUUUUUUAAAGAAAUGAUCUCACUAUAUAGCUCAGGCUGGCCUGGAACUCAGUCUCUCAAGUGCUGAAAUUAAAGACAUGCACACUCACACCCUCCCCCCACAAUGCUUCUGGAAUAGGUCAUAUUAAAGUAAGUUAAAUGGUUAAAUUUAGCCUUUACCUUAAAUAAUUAUCAUUCUCAGUAGGACCUUUUGUUUUAUUUUGAUUUUUAGGUGGCUUCUUUUUGGGUGGGGUCCCCUUUCUACAUUGUAGCAACUUAUAAAACCAAGUGAAAUUGGGCCAGAAUUGGGAGUGAGUGACUAGAGUUCCAGGUGAGAGUCCAGUGACACCCCAUCUUCUAUCAGGGAACAUCAACAGGCCCAUCCAGAGAGUCUUUUGUGAGUAAUUCCAGUUGUUCUGAUUAAGAUGGUAAUGGUUAUUUAUGCUCUGAGAACAGUGUUCCAUAAUAACAUAUUUAAUACUUCUGAGGCGGUUAUAUAGGCCAGCCCCAGUGACCUCACGAAACCCCAUCUCAAAACAACAAUCAAACAAUAGACAUAUAUUAGUUCUUUCAGUCUCUUAGUUCUCUCAGUCUGGUGGUGGUUUGCGAUAUGAGCUCUCAGCUAUUGCUCAAGCUUCCUCUCUUCCUGCUGCCUUGCUCCUUGGCCAUGAUGGUCAAAUAAAUGCUUUCUUCUGUAAGUUGCUCUGCUUACAGUCUUUUGCUCCAGCAAUAGUAAAAGUGUACCAAGACAGAAGCUAGUACUGUUUAGACGAGGAUAAUGGGGUUUAGUGCAUGGCCAAAUGCAUGAAUAUUCUAGAUACCAUAUUAGAAAUGAAAUGUAGCUCCAGUGUGAUGAUGGAUGCCAAUAGGCCAGACACCUAGAAGGUUGGCACAAGGGAUCAGGAAUGCAACACCAACUUGUUACGUAGGAUUUGAAUUAUUUUUAUUACAGAUAGUUAUUUGUAGGGAGGGGUGUGCCUUGGUGUGGACUUGGAGGUUGAGGACAACUUUGGUGGAUUGGUUCUCUCCUAUCGUGUGGUUCCCGGUUGAUUGAAUUCAGAUUAACAGGCUUGUAUUGUUGGAUGGUAAGCUCUUGCUUACCUGCUGAGCCAUCUUACCAGCCAUAUGCAGAGAGUUUGAGACCAGCCUGGACUACUUGAAGCUCACUCACUCCCCACCCCAUAAAAAAUGGAAUAUACUAGUAAAAUAUAGUUCUAGAGGGAAUCUAAAUCAAGUUAUUUUGCCUGCUGACUUAUGAUCUAUAUCUGAAGUUCUGGCUUUUUUUUUCUUUAAUAAAUAUUUUAUGUAUGUUCUAUCUGCAUGUACACCUGCAUGCCAGAAGAGGGGCACAGAUCAUAGUAUAGAUGGUUGUGAGUCACCAUGUGGUUGCUGGGAAUUGAACUCAGGACCUCUGGAAGAGUAGGUAGUGCUCUUAACCACUGAGCUACCUCUCCAGCCCCUGAUUUAUUUUCUUGAAUCCAUUCCUUACCAUUUCUCUUUGGGUUCUAGAAGUAAACAGUGCAUAGGUAUGUUGCACAUAUACUUGUACAUUUGUAGCAGAGAUUCUCAACCUUCCUAAUGCUGUGAUCCUUUCAUACAGUUCCUUAUGUUGUAGUGAUCCCCCCACCAUAGAAUUAUUUCAUCGCUACAUCAUAACUAAUUUUGCUACUAUUAUGAAUCAUAAUGUAAAUAUCUGAUAUGCAGGAUAUCAGAUAUACAACCCCCAAGGGGUCUCAACCCAAAGAUUGAGAACCACUGAUCUAGAGCUUAGAAUGAAGGCACUCAUGGCAUUGAAUGUCUUCUAUCGGUUAAGGAUGAUCGACAAGACUUCAUCUUACCUAAAGUGUAUGUACCCAAACUACCCAAGGCCUUGGCUGAUUCCAAGUUUAUGUAGGAGUUUCCUGAUUUUCUGCUCAAACGUUCGAUACUAGGAGUCAGGACUGCAGGUAAAGACCGUGACUUAGCAUGAGUGUCAGCACUCUGGCAUGGCGCAGCGCACACCUAUAAUCACAGCACUCAGGAAGCCGCAGCAGGGGGAUUGAAAUGCAAGGCAAGUCUGGAUUACAUAGGAAGACUAUCUCAAAUCAUCAUCAUCAAAGAAAUAAUAUUCACUUCAUUGAUAACUUAUACUUCUGGCUGGUACCGUGCUAAGCACUUAAUGUGCAUUUGAUUUUAGAAACAAUUCUGGGAAGAACUUUUAGUAAAUCUAAAAAACUAUCACAUAAACAGGCUAAGUAAAUUGGGUGGCUGCUCUAGGUGGGAUAAGGUUCUCGUGCUGGUAGCAUAGUCUAGCUUGGAUUGCCAGUUUAAAAUAAUUUUCUCUUGUUAUAAGAUAAGAAACUUGGACUUUUUUCCAAUUCAUUUAUGUUGGUUCUUCAGACAGGUUUUCACACUAGCUUAGGCCAGAAUUGAAGGCUUCUUUUAUCCCCAGAUUGACCUCAGCCUUGAAAUCUUCCUGUGUCAGGUUCACAAGUGUCAGGUAAGCAACAUCAGACUGGAUCUUGUUCACUCUUGCAAAACAAGUGAAAGGCACUUGAUGUAGUAAGUCAUACCUGAAAUCCUCGCACUUGAUAGGCUGAGACAGCAGGAUAGUUGAAAGGCUACAGUGAGUUUCAGAACAGCCUGUACUGCACAGUGAGACCUUGCCACAAGACAGAACACCUAGAGAAAAAAAUGUUUUCAAAUUCUGAAGAAGUUGGUAUAAACAGGUACUGCUGAGAUCUGUCUGCCUCUGCCUCCCGAGUACUGGGAUUAAAAGGGGGUAUAUCGUCGUAAGGCCUCAUGGCACAUGAAAAGGCAGGUAGAUUUCUGUGAGUUCAAGGACAGACUGAUUUACAUAUUGAAUUCUAGGCCAGCCAGGGCUGCAUAGGGAGAUCCUGUCUCAAAAUAAAACAUUUCAUAUAAAUGAUAUUACAUAAUGUAUGGCCUUUUGUGUUUGUUUUUAUUUAUUUAGUAUAAUGCCUUCAGUCCUAACACAUACUGUAGACUGUAAAUACAGAGGUGAAUAAUAUCCCCUUAUAUGAACAUUUGUUCCCUCCCCUACUUACCUGUUGUGAAUAAUGUUUUAUCCAUAUUAAUAUAAAUACAUCGUGUACAGCAUUCAUGGAGAAGAGAAAAGGGUACCAGAUUCCCUGGAAUUAGAAUUAGAAACAGAUGUGAACCAUCAUGAGGGUGCUGAGAACCAAACUUGGGCAAAACUUCUCCUCUCAACUGUGGCAUUACUUUCUGCAGUUCCUGUAAGUUAAAAUAGCAAAUGCUUUUAACCACUGAACCCUCUGUCUCCAACUUCAGCCUCGUAAGGGUUGGGAUUUGUAGGCAUAGACCACCAUGGUCAGCUUCUUGGCUUCUAAAUUUUCAAAGUGGUAGUCAGAGACUAAUUAAAAGCCACCUGGGGAAGUGUGUAUGUCUAUGUAUCUGUCUGUCUCUCUGCCUUGUCUCUCUCUGUGUGAUGCUAGGGAUCAUAUUAGGGGACUUGGACAUGCUACUCAAGCAACAUCUUCAGCUCUUAGCUGCUGCCUUUGUGUUUUGGUUUGCCUUUGUGUCUCACUGUGUAUACUAUUUACCUCUAACUAAUGACUGAUCCUCCUGUCUUAGCUUCCAAAGUGCUUCGGCUACUCUUUAAAAAAAACAAAACACAACUUUUUUCCCAUACGCUUGAUUUUUUUUUCUUCCCAUAAGUUUAGAAAGCUGAAUGGGGCUGUUUACUUCUUUGCCUUAUAUCCCAGUCUAUCUUGGCCAGCUUUGUUUCUGUACCCGUUUCCUCACCUCUGAAUUGUAAAGCAAAUCCUAGAAACAACCAUGUAAAUGACAUCUUCAAUGCGGGACAUGCUAACUCAAUCAUGAAUGCGGGCCUAGAGAAGCACGAAGACCACUGGUUAAGAGUCCAGCCUGGGCCAUAUAAGAGGCACAGUUUCUGCAAUACUCCCCUCUUAUCUUUGGUUUCACUUUCUGCAGUUCCUCUUACUUGUGGUCAAUUUUUUGUCUGAAAGUAUUAAAUAGAAUGCUUCAGAAAUAAGCAGUUUGUAAUGUGUUUUUGUUUGAGACAGGAUCAUACUAGGUAGCCAAGGCUAACCUCUCAGUUGAAACCAUUCCUGCUGCUGCCUCCUAAAUACUGGGAUUAUGGGCAUGUGCUGUCAUAUCUGCCUACUUUGUAAACUUUAAAUUUUGUGCUGCUAUGUUUGUGGUGAUCUAAUCUGAUGCCCUCCUGAUCCAUCCAUCCUGCCUGGGCUGAAUCACCCCCUUGUCUAGCAUCUUUACUUAUCCAUAAGUCACUUCAUGGACAUCUCUUUUACCAGGCUUGGGUAUCAUAGUAUUUAUGUUCAUUCAGAUAAUCCUUACUUAAUAAUAAUAAUUUAAUAAUAGGCUUGAUAGUGGUGUUGUAAUUCACAUGUGCCCUCAGAAGCUGUAUUCAUCUUCAAAUGGAAAGAUGACUUUUGGUCAUAGGUAUGUACAGACUUAAGAGAGAACAUUGGAUUUGCACUCUAAAAUUUGAGGCAUGCACUGAGGUGUUGAAGUGUUACCUGGCAAAGGGAGGCUGUUGCCGUUUGUGCUUUCUUCUUCAGUAAGGAUGUUGUUAUAAAUUCUCUCUUCCAGCUACAUCCCCUGCUUGCUUUAUGGGAUUCUUCAAUCCACUUACUCAUUCUGUGUCAAAAGAUUAUUGAGAACUUGUUCAGGCACUGUUUGAACCUAGUAUUGCUGCCUCGAGUGAGGUAUUUUUCAUCUAAGCCUCAGUAAAGGUUUCUCUCUAAACCCCUGUUGGCAGUGCUUAAAACAAAUCUUAUAUCUGUCCUCUUAGGAUUCAGAAUGGUCAGUCAUCUCUCAAUGGAUGGGGAUGUUUCUAAUAAUGGGGAUAUACUACAGGAGCCAACUGGAAGAUUCUCUCUAGGGAACCGUGAAUUGGGUAUUAUACUUUGGAACCUGGGUCUGGAAUUUAUUUCUUAACUCUGUUUUAUCCACUGUUUUUGUUUGUUUUAUUUUUUAUUUUUUAAGACAGGGUUUCUCUGUGUUGCCCUGGCUGUCCUAGAAAUAACUGUGGAGGAUGGGCUGGCUUUGAACUCACACAGCCUGCGUCUGCCUCCCAGGUGCUGGGAUUAAAGGUGUAUUCCCCUACCACCACCACCACCACUAUGUAGCUCUGAUUACCCUGGAGUUUAUUUUGUGGUCUAAAUUGGCCUCAAACUCACAGAGAGUUUGCCCCCCUCACCCCCACCACCGCCUUUAAAAUUAUGUGUGUAUGUGUGUAUGAGUAUGUACACAUGAGUGUGGGUGCUUGUAGAGGCCGGAAGCCGAAGAAAAGAAAAAGCCAUUUAAGGGGAAUUUUACGUUUUUUAGGUUUGUAAAGAAAUAUGUUGUUUUGUCAACUACUUCAACCUUUGCAAUAUUAUUAGGACCCAUUUUGCUAUUUAAAAAUAACAAUUUUUUAUUGUAACAAAAAUUUUUAAGUGGUGUUUAUUGAUAGAGGACUGGAAUGCUAGCACAUAGGAGAUAGAAAAUAAGGCAGUUAAAGCCUAGACUGCAUGAGAUCUUGUCUCAGAAAACAGAGAAACAAGUGAGGUGGGGCAUGAAUAACAUUUAUUGAAUACCAGGUACAUGCCAGUGAGUGAUAAGGACUCUUGUUUUUGUUUUUGAGACAGGGUCUCUAUACAGCCCUGGCUAACCUGGAACUCACUAAUCAUAGAGAUCCACCUACUUCUACUUCUUGAGUGAUAGAAUUAAAGGCAUGUACAGUUACCACUCCUGGCUGUGCUAAGAACCACCCAUGUGUAUUUGCCUUGAAUCUUUGUAAGCUAGACUGACCUUGAAUUCCUGAUCUUUCUGCUUGUGUGUAUUGAGAAUGUAGGCUUGUGCUGUCCCACCUGCCUGGAUUUCUUUUUAAGUCUUCACCAAAAAUCAAGUUGUUAUUGUUCCUAUUUUUCAAUGAGGAAACUGAAUCUUGUUUACUUACUCUGUGUGUGUGCGUGCUAGCGAGGGUGCCUGCGUGCGUGCGAGUGUGCAAAUGGGGGAGAUCAAAGAACAACACCCUUUUCUGGCAUCUGAGACCUCCUCCAUGCAUGUGGUGCACAUAAAUGCACAUAUACACAUUAGCAAAAGUAAACCUUUAAAAGACUCCCAAGUAGACACCUGCUUCCUUACGUCAGUGCUUUAAGUGUGUGAGAUCUUUGUUCCUUCCUGAUUCUUAUUUUUGCUUAGAGAAGGGGGAAGUUUUAAGCAGAACUUGAGUUCACGGAAAGGGUGUUUCCAAGUGACCUCAUUGUCACCUGACUCUGCUACUUUCCAACUAUAUCUCUUGGGCUUUAGAAGGCAGGAUUUUUAGUUCUCAAUUUUUGAAACAAGUCAGCUAUAUAUUUAAGCCUUUUUUUGAACCCAUUUGAGAUUUUUGUUCUGUUUUGUUUUUACUAACAAGAUAGUAAAUGUUGACUUAUAGUCAACAAGAAUAACCGAUAGGGAUAGAAUCCAAAGUUGUGCGAUUGAGAGAUCUGGCUUUCUUAUCCCACAAUGUUUCUGUAUCUGUAGUAUAUUGUCUGAAAACCUAAUUGAAGUACUGUUUGUAGGGACUAAUCGGUUGGUGUGUGUUAUUUUUCUUGUCACUGUCCCUCUGUGGGCACUAAGAAGUUAAUCAUUGGAGCCAUGGGCGACCUUUGAGAGUGAUGCCUAGGAAGAGUAGUCUUUGACAGAGCUCUAGGAAGUUAAAAAGAAACCAGAAUCUACCUGAGCAGAUGAGUAGGACAAAGGUAUGUACACAUUUGGAGGUGACAGCAUGUGCUCUCUCUUCCCCACACUGUCUUAGGACUGUGCUUUCUAGUUCAUCUUCAAACUUCUGGUUCUCCUGUUUGAAUGUCCUGAGUUCUGGGACUGAGUAUAUACCACCAUACUCGACCAAACAGAGUAUCCAUAUUUCCGUUUCUGUGUCCAAUAGUUUUGACUCAUCAUGGAUGAUCUAUCACCAGAAGAAAUUCAGCUUCGGGCUCACCAAGUUACUGAUGAGUCUCUGGAAAGCACAAGGAGAAUCCUGGGUUUAGCCAUUGAGUCUCAGGAUGCAGGAAUCAAGACUAUCACUAUGCUGGAUGAGCAAGGGGAACAACUAAAUCGCAUAGAAGAAGGCAUGGACCAAAUAAAUAAAGACAUGAGAGAGGCAGAGAAGACUUUAACAGAACUCAACAAGUGUUGUGGCCUCUGCGUCUGCCCUUGUAAUAGGACCAAGAACUUUGAGUCUGGAAAGAACUAUAAGGCAACAUGGGGUGAUGGUGGAGACAGCUCACCUAGCAAUGUGGUAUCUAAGCAACCAAGCCGGAUAACAAAUGGUCAGCCUCAGCAGACUACAGGAGCGGCCAGCGGUGGAUACAUUAAACGCAUAACUAAUGAUGCCAGAGAAGAUGAGAUGGAAGAGAACCUGACUCAAGUGGGCAGCAUCCUAGGGAACCUAAAGAACAUGGCUCUGGAUAUGGGCAAUGAAAUUGAUGCUCAAAACCAGCAAAUACAGAAGAUCACAGAAAAGGCUGACACCAACAAGAAUCGCAUUGACAUUGCCAAUACAAGAGCAAAGAAACUCAUUGACAGCUAAAACCCUGCUGUACUUCUUUACCUGUUAACUCAGUCUCGGGCUCCUGCUGAGUCUUUUCUUACUCAGUUUGAAAGACUGUGCGAGAAGGGCGGGAGGAGGAUCCCUCCUCCUUCCUUCCUUUCUGUCUUUUGGGGUAGGUUCUUGCUCAGGCGUUCUUACAGUCUUUCUCAGUUUACUCUUGUAGGCUGCUUUCUGUACAUCACUUAGUCUCUCCAUCUCGUCAUUUAGCUUUUGUGUUCAAGACUUGGAAGCAUUGCCAAAGAGCCAUGAAGGGAGGCAGCUGGAUAAGUAGCUUUUGCCAUUAUUGGUUGGUUGGCUUGGUUUUGGUUUGGUUUUGGUUUUAUGGUAAAGAGCAAGAGGAAGGAAGAAGAAAUGAAGUGACUCAUUAAAGAAACUACAGGUCACAAAAAACCCUCAGUGCUUGGGGUAGGAGCUUUCACACGUGUUUUGUUCUACACUGUUUUUCAGCUUCUGCUCCAAAGAGAGUACAGUGAGUUUUCCAGAAGUGAGCUUCACUCCUAAAUCCUUAGUGAUUUGGGUAUAAACGUAGGCUCUUGGGUCCCGUUUCAUAUUGCACAUGCAGGAACACUAUAUAAACGAGUGCCUUUUAUUCUCAUACAGUAAGUCAUAGCAUGGUCCCAUUGCAGGCCUGUUAACUUCAUGGAGUUGUCAGUAGCCUUGAAAAGAUGUACAUAUAUAUGUGAAAUCGGAGACUUCCUCACUAAAGCAGGGUGUAUCAUGUGAAUUCAGAUUUACCUCAUAAGAAUUAUGUUUAGAUAUGAAAAAGACUUGUUUUGAUCUCAGGUAGAAAAAUAGAUUGCUUUGAGUUUUGUAUAGUUUUAGACAUUUAAAAAGUUAUAAUCUGUUACUAAAAGUUGUUUGGAAAAUUAUGCCUUUGAUUAAUUAUUGAUGACCACACUGCCAUUCUCUCUGCCUUACACACAGAAUCAAGUUUGUGUAGACCCUGAAGUGUUAGGAAAGCUGAACUGGUAUUUGUCACCUUUGUUUAAAAAUCAGCAUGUACAAUUGCUGAUUGUAGAUCGCAAUUAGCGCAAAGUAGAUCGGUUUGACCAGUAACCAUUGCUUGAUUCUUACAAUUAAAUUUUGUAAUUAAUGGUAUUGUUCUUCAAAUAGGUGAUGUUUCUAUGACUUAUUUGUAGGGGCAAUCAUUUUACCAGCUUUUGUUAACAUUAGAUAAAGCAAAUGUCCAUACGUCAUGCACUCCAAUAGAAAGUUGCAUUAGCUCUUCUCUAAUUUUCACCAGAAGUGUGUACAGGACUUCCUACGGUUUGCUUUGAGUUCAUUCUAGACAUUACUUGUCUUAGUCGUUUGAACUUAAAUACACUACUGAGUAUUUCUGAGUGAGAAUUCAAGUCAUGUAUUGAAGAAGAUGCAUCUAGCAUAGCAACAUUCAGAGGGUGAAGAGGACAGUGUGCAAAACAAAGCAGUGUUCCAUGCCAGAGUGAAGAGCUUAUUGGGUACAGAUACCUAAUGUAUGAAGUAUGGCUGAGUGUAAAACACUGGACUGUGCUGUGCCCAAAAGUGCUUCCCUUAGUCAUUUAAAAACAACAUGCUGAUUUGUCCAAAGGAACAGUACCAAAAGGUAGUAUCCAAGGUAUAUUUGGCUAGAAUAUGCACUAAAGCAACCCUUUGCUCUUGCUGGCUGGUGUGAAUGCAUGCUUAUUUCUUGCCUUAAUUUCUAUAUCUGUAAAUGGGAAUUAAUAAAUCCUGUUUUAUAAACUAAUUUACAGACCAGUAAUGCCCAGAAAUUUCUUAGAAUAUGCCAGGCUCACAGGCCACAUGGGUAAUCCCAAUGUUUGGGAACCUGAGGCACAAUCAAUCUACCCAAUGAGUUUGUGGGCUAGCCUAGAGUAAAUUGUGUCCAGAAACAGCUUCUACCCCACCCCCCCAAAAUCAACCAACAAAACUAUUUUUUUAAGAUUUAUUUAUUAUGUAUAUAAGUACACUGUAGCUGUCUUCAAAUGUAGCUGUCUUCAGACGCACCAGAAGAGGGCACCAGAUCUUAUUACACAGAUGGUUGUGAGCCACCAUGUGGUUGCUGGGAAUUGCACUCAGGACCUCUGGAAGAGCAGUCAGUGCUCUUAACUGCUGAGCCAUCUCUGCAGCCCCCAACAAAACUCUUGAAAGAGUGCCUAUUAGGUGUAACUCUCCUAAAUGAUAGCUAUUUUCUCUAGAAUGGAGGGAGCUCUUGUUUUUUUUUUUUUUUCUUUUUUUCGGAGCUGGGGACCGAACCCAGGGCCUUGCGCUUCCUAGGUAAGCGCUCUACCACUGAGCUAAAUCCCCAGCCCCGGGAGCUCUUUUUGGUCAAAGACAACAUAGCUCCUCUCCCGACCCAAAGAAAAAAGCAUGGAAGCAGAUACCAAGCACCUUUGUCUGCGGAGCCACCAUACCCACUGUUGCUGUUAUUUUUGAGAUACAAUAGCAUAACACAAGCUGGAGUCACCUGGGAUUCUGGUUUUGGUGUGUCUUCUAAUAUCGUGACCUUGUAUAUAAUACCUAUGACUACAAAUAAGAGCUAGCAUCUUAUACUGAACUUUUGGUUGGUUGGUUGGUUGGUUGUUCUUGACACAGGAUUUUCUGUGUAGCCUUAGCUCUCCUGGAACUCACUCUGUAGAUCUCGCUGGCCUUGAACUCAGAGAUCAGCCUGCCUCUGUUUCCCAAGUGCUGGAAUUAAAAGUUGUAAUCCUGGCUGGCCUCAAACCCAGAGAUAUACCAGUCUUUGCUCCACAGAUACUGAAAUUAAGUGUGCCACUAGGUCCAACUUCAAAGUUUUUUAAAAACAGUAAAGCUCAAAUUUCAUCUUAGUCUUAACUUACACAGCUGUACCUAUUCAUCCCUUCUUCAGUUUUAAUGUAUUUUUCAGUCUUCGAUUCUUAAUUUUUCCUUAUCACAUAUGGAUUAUGACUAUUCUAUUAACUUAAACAUCUAUAUUCUAGACAUCCUAUAAUGAGCAUUUAAAAUUAAGGUUUUGGUGUGUUUUCUAAUAUCGUGACCUUGUAUAUAAUACCUAUGACUACAAAUAAGAGCUAGCAUCUUGUACUGAACUUUUGGUUGGUUGGUUGGUUGGUUGGUUGGUCUUGACACAGGAUUUUCUGUGUAGUCUUGGCUAUCCUGAAACUCACUCUGUAGAUCACGCUGGCCUUGAACUCGGAGGUUAAGGUUUAGGAUUGGGAAUGUAGAACUGCUCAGAUCAUGAGGUGCUUGCCUAGUAUACAAGUAUCCCUAGGUUCAGUUCUGUUUUACCAUGUAAGCCAGAUGUGGUGCCAUGCCCCUCCAAACUCAGCACUAGGUAGGGGGUAGCAGGAGGAUCAGGAGUUCAAGGUCAUUCUCAGGUACACAGUUUCAGGACAACCUGGGAUAUGUGAAACAUACUCAAAACAAAAAGGGCCAAUGAUAUGGCUUAGCAGGUAAGGGUACUUGCUGCCAAGCCAGACAACCCAAGUUUGAACUCCAGGACCUAAAUGGUAGAAGAACCACCUAAAAGUUUUCCUCUGACUUCCACAUGUGCUGCACUGUAUGCAAGCUUGUGUGCACAUACACAUAAGAAUGUAAUGAAAAUAAAAAGCAGAAGUUACCUGAAUGG